AUGAGAGCCCUGACGGCGGCUCGGCCGUUGUUUUCCGAUUUGCCGAGUCUUGUCCGAUCAUGGCUUCCUCCUUCCAGCUUCAAGGCCUUCGCUUCUUCUGCUUCUUCGUCUCCUCCAUCGGAUUUGGACCUCCGUAAUCAGUCUCGCGGUGGCCUCCCUCGAUUCUUCUCCGAUGAUCUUCCAUCGCACAAGGCAUACUCUCUCUCUAUCUCUCUAUCUUAUUAUCUUAUGGUAGAACUUUUUAAUGGCAAAGGAGGUUUGGUUGAAGGUUGCAUACAGAGCAUAGACAAAACUGGAGUUGAUUUUAUCGCACAAGAAGAUCAGAAGGUGAUUCUUCCUCAGGGCAUGCAGUGGCAGGUGUUUGCAGCUUUUGGCACUUUGAAGGGUGGUCGAGCGGACUGGCUGAUUGAGAAAUGUACUGAGCUGGGAGCGAGUAGUGUGACACCACUUUUAACAGAAAGAUCUUCUGUAAUCUCUGAAAACCGGGUUGACAGAUUGGAACGCGUUAGUUUUGCUGCGGCUAAGCAAUGCCAAAGACUACAUCAAAUGGAACUGAGCCCUCCGAUCAAAUUCGCUACCCUCUUGGAUCAUAUUUCCAAGUCAAAGUUAUGUUUGGUUGCGACGGCAGAAGCUACACCUCUUCUCAAUGCAGUAAGCUCCUCAGCAAAAGAAUCCAGCGGACUAUUAAUCGUUGGACCAGAAGGCGACUUCACGAAGAAGGAGGUGGAGAUGAUGUUGGAAGCAGGCGGCACAGCAGUUGGACUCGGGCCACAUCGGUUGCGAGUUGAGACCGCUACCAUUGCUCUUCUGGCAACUCUAGUAAUGUGGUCGGACUCUCAAGAGACGGUCUAA